CCAAUAGUAUUGCACGCGCUACAUGUGUAAAUACACGUUGAGCUAGUCAAUCGCUUCAAAAGUGUGGGCCAACGAGGGUCAGAAGUGGGUGCGACGCAGAGAAGUUUCGUUAAGUUCACGGGGACGAUAAAAAGCAAAGAAAACAAUCACUACACUCCUGUACACACAUACACAAAGGGCGCAUUCGGAUUAAACAGCGCCAUCCUCCAUUGCGAUCGUGUGUUCCUGGGAGCGCUUGAAGGAAAAAAACAGAUUACCUUUACUAUGCCGUAGCAAUUCGUGACCUUUCUGAGGCAAAUUUCCGUGAAAAACCAUUAGCCGGCGUAGUGCAGUGCGUGUUCGUGCGUUGCUCUUGUUAGGAUAACAUUUUAAACUGGUGUUGUUUACUGGCCGGCGCACCAGGAUUAAACGGUGCACGCGCAGGGAGGACAGUGAGUAGGAGGCAGGGUGCAACCGGGAAUACAACAACAGCAUCGAAGGACGAAAAACGAAAUGGCAAACAGCGAAGCAAUGCCGGAUACACAAACGGCCACCCAAAUGACGCAGGAUACCGCACUGGAAAGUCAACCGUUCGAGCAUCCCAGCUACGGCCAGUUGCUGGGAAAGCAUGUGAAGACGAAAAGCCUCGGUACUAAAUAUCCUAUGUUCUACGUAUCUCGUGCUCCGUCUACCAUUUACGAGCUACGCCGCAGCGAGUUUAAAGUUGGUCGUGAGGAAUCGUGCGAUCUUAUGCUAAGCGAGAUCAACCUUCCGGCUUCAAAGUUGUGCCGCGUCUCGAAGGUACACUUCACAAUCAAAAAGGAUCUGACCGACAUGACCAGCCCAACGUACAUACACGAUCAUUCACGCAACGGAACGUACGUAAAUGGGCGACUGAUAGGCCCCAACAAGUGUAUGAUUCUGAAGCACGAGGAUAUCAUCUCGAUUGCCGGUGUAAAUAUCCGUGCGUUUGUGUACUACGACCUGCGGCACAACGUUGCAGUGGAGAUUAAAGCGAAGGAGCUGCUCGAACGGUAUCACAUCGGCCGGAAGCUUGGUUCGGGUGCGUGUGGAACGGUUUACCUGCUGCACGAUACCGUUUCCUGCCAACCGUACGCCAUGAAACACGUCGCGAAGGAUCCGCUAAACGAGCGCAGCCGGCCAAAGUUUUUGAACGAUCCACUGCGGGUGAUGAACGAGGUACACAUCAUGAAAAACCUAGAUCAUCCGUGUGUAAUAAAAAUGCACGACAUCGUAGACAAACCGGACUCGGUGUACAUGGUGCUGGAGUAUAUGAAGGGUGGCGAUCUGUUGUCGCGCAUCAUCAACAACAAGUAUCUGCCGGAAAAGACGGCAAAGCUGUUCUUCCUCCAGAUGUGCCAUGCCGUAAAGUACCUGCACGAGCAAGGAAUAACUCACCGUGACCUGAAACCCGACAACAUCCUGCUCGAGGACGACAACGAGUACACGCUGCUGAAGGUGUCCGACUUUGGGCUGAGCAAGUUCGUUCGCAAAAACUCGGUCAUGCGCACGAUCUGCGGCACACCGCUGUACGUGGCGCCGGAAGUGCUGCAAACCGGUGGCCGCGGUUCGUACACGCGCAAGGUCGACAUCUGGAGCCUGGGCGUCGUGCUCUUCACGAUGCUCAGCGGCACGCUACCGUUCUCGGACGAUUACGGUUCCCCUGCCGUGGAGCAGAUCAAGCGGGCCAACUUUAAGAUGCGCCACACGGUGUGGAAGAAAGUGUCGCCGCUGGCGAAGAAGUUGAUCUACGAAAUUCUAAGCGUCAAUCCCAACUCACGCCCCUCGAUCGAUGCGCUGCUCCGGAGCAGCUGGCUGCGCGAUCCGGACGUCAUCCGCAAGGCGGAGCGGUUGAUGAAGAUACCGUUGGUGGUGGAUGAAGCACCGCCACGGCCGGCCGGCCGAAACACUGCCUCGGACGUGGAGAACAACAAUGCCGGCUCGUCGCCGGUCAGUAGCUUCGCACCACCGAGCAAGCGGAAGCGGCUAUAAGUACGGUAAGGUAAGAUUCCGUUUCCUUUUGGGGGGGGUUUCUUUUUUAAGAAAGGAAAACGGAGCUCGUUUUUUAUUCGUUAAGGCGCAUUCGUUACGAUCACAUACAGGGGAGGCCCCCGCCGGCUUUUCCGAUGGGAAAGCUGCCUGUGGUGCCACUCUUAUGGGACAUUUCAUUAUUAGUUGCGCGCUCACGGUUCACGUGCCAAUCCUCUCUGUCGAAGUAUUAAGCAACACAGGAGCAUUAUUAAUUCGGGCAGGGCUCUCGGACAAAUGCGUGCACUUUUUUCCCCUGCGACAAAGGAAAGAGAACAAGGUUGUAGUUACAUUUACGCAGACUAAUCGGUUAAAGAUCCGUGUCAUUAGCAUAGCACACACCCGUCCAUCAUAUGCUGUUUACACGCAUACGGGUUUACGCAUUUAAAUGCAGAAGGGAAGAAGCCAGAAAGGAGGAACUGUAGAGUAAAAAAAGACGUCCCCUGUUCACCCGAAAUACUUACGCUAGCAAUAAGGAAAAGCAUGUAACGGUAAGGGAGGGAACAGCCUGUCGUUGUUUAGAUGUGAGUUUAAGCUUUUUUUUUAAUGUUUCGAUUCUUUUUUGUUUAUACAACUUUAACAUGCGACAACAGAUCUGUUGCGUACAGCGCAUCAUUUAAUUGUGAACCGUAUUCGUCCGUUAACGGUUCUCAUUCCAUGACUACCGGUGCAUGUGCCACAAAUCUGUCCGCUAAGAAUGACCUCACAAUAAAACCAAAACAUAUUAGUUGUUAACAACGUUCCUACAGUAAAA